AUGAGUUCUGACGAAGAAUUCACCACGCCACUGCUAUACUUAAAGGCUCGACACCAGCAUAGCGAUGCACCCCAAUAUCCAAUGUUGAGCGGAAUUUCCACUAUGCGUGCUCCCACUGGAGAAGAAGUAUGUGGCGAAAAGAGAAAGUCUGAAGACCAUGGUGAGGCAUCAGGCAAGAAGCGCAAGAAGAAGAAGACUUCAGGCGAUUUAGAUUUCUCAGCAAGUGCAGCAAGCGCUAUAUCCAAGUCGUCGAAGGAAAAUAUUGAUCGCGAAAAGGAUAAUGACGCUCAAGAAGCCGGUGACGUACUAUCUCCAAAUACCUCCACCCAAAUCAAGGGUCAUAAGUCGACAGAGAAACAUAAGGCGAAAGCUGAGCGUCGAGAGGAAAGAGAGUCAAGCAAACGUCGAGGACGCCAGCAUUCACACUCAGCAGUGAAUGACGCCAUAGCUGGCGCAUCAACCUCUACCCAUGAUGCUCAGGCUGCCGACCUGGAGAAACUCGAACAGAGACGUAGACUGGACGAGAUCGUCAAAGAUCACAUCGAUGACUGGGGCAUCGUUACUGACCGACCUGGUGCCAAGGAGAAUGAUGCAGAUUGGAUGAUGAUGUCUGGUGGGCUAGUCACCGCCCCCCUUGAGGUUCAGGAAUUAUGGGAUAUCAGAAACCCCGUCUCAGGAGACCUCAGCGAUGGCAGCGAACUUAAAGUCACAAGUCAGGAAACUUAUAGUUCGGUAGUGCCUUCAACUUCCCAAGCCUCUGUAGAAGCUUCGUCUUCGUCUUCAUCUGCAUCUUCGUCUUCGUCUUCUGGAUCGUCCACUACGGUCUCCUCGCCAACGCUCCAUACUAAACAAUCCCAGCGACGUCAGUCUGGAAAUUUCGUUCGUCCUACGAAAAUCAGCGGUCCCUUAGCUCCUCGGUUCUCUGAUCGAACCAUGCCUGCCAUCACUCCUACAUUUGCACCCACGACAAUCCUCACUAAUACUCAAGCGGUUGAUUCAAACCAGGAAGAGGCCGAUGAAGAGGAAGAUGAAUAUUACACACGGCCGGGUGCACCCCAAUCAUACACCCAACCAAACGUGGGACUAUCUUCGCACAGGCCUUCGACAUCCUCCCAUCCUCGUCUUGGACCGGCCUCAUAUGCCGUCCCGCAACCUAUCGAUGAUCUCGUUACCCUAGUUGGGGUCCCGGGAGUUGAGUCGCCUAGUACAAGGACUAGUAACGGCGGGCCAUCCUCCUUCGGCCAUUACGGGGGACAACAUAUCAACCGUCAAGUCCCCCUCGUCGAGGCUCUUGCAAGGGACCGCGCGGUCUUGGAAAAAGAGAAGGAGUUGUGGACUAGAAUGAUAGGCUUUUAA